AUGGAGGAUUUGUCGGUCGAGGUGUACGGUGAAAAUGGUGCUUAUUAUAAGGCCAUUGUCACCGACGUGCUCGACAACGAGGUUCUCGUAGCCUUUGAAAAUAACUGGCAGCCAGAAUCAAAGUUUCCAUUUUCGCAAGUAUUCUUACCACCAAAAGACACAAACGAACACACAGAGUUUGUGAUAAACCAAGAGGUUGAAGUCUUUGCAAGAUCAAAUGAUACAGAAGCAUGCGGGUGGUGGACUGCAAAUAUCAAGCUGAUGAGGGGAGAGUUCUUUGUAAUAGAUUACUUAGAAUGGGACAAUUGCUAUUCAGAGAUUGUGCCACAAGACCGACUGCGUGUCAAACAGACCAAGACUCCCAUCGACAAGAACACCUUCCACAAAUUUGAAAUACCCGUGCCAGAAGAUCUCAAAGACUAUCUUCACGAUAUGCACAGCGCUAAAGUGGAGAAUGCGCACAAGGAGUUUCAGAAGGCGAUUGGUGCAGCGCUCGUGUGGUAUGUACCAGAAAGCGCUGUACUCGCUGUGAUAUCGCGUUGUGAGACUUCGCAAAAGCGUGCGCAGAUGUUACACGAAAUGCACUUCAGAAACCUAACACAGAAGCUUUUAUUGCUUAAAAAGACUGAAGAAGCCGCGAGGCAGCUAGAAUCCACGAAAAUUCAUAAUCAGGGCGGAUAUACAGAUGAGUUCAGUGUACGCGAAGAUCUGAUGGGGCUUGCAAUUGGGACGCACGGAGCAAACAUUCAUCAAGCGCGCAAAGUGCCCGGCAUCACUAAUAUCGAGCUGGAGGAACUCACCUGUACAUUCAAGCUCUGUGGAGAGUCCGCAGAAGCAGUUAAAGCGGCGCGCGCGUUACUUGAGUAUGGUGAGGAGUCUGUGAAGGUGCCACGGCUGCUGGUCGGCAAAGUUAUUGGCAAGAACGGGAAAGUGAUUCAGGAGAUUGUGGACAAAAGUGGUGUCAUCAGAGUAAAGGUGGAAGGCGAUAACGAACCGCAGCCCGUUGGACCGCGCGAAGAGGGCAUGGUCCCUUUUGUGUUUGUCGGUACUCGUGACAACAUCGCCAACGCAAAAGUGCUUGUCGAGUAUCACCUCGCACAUCUUAAGGAAGUAGAGCAAUUGCGUGCUGAGAAACAGGAAAUUGACCAGCAGCUGCGCGUGGUGAUGGGAGGUAGUUCCAUCUCCUAUCCUACACCACGUGGCGCACCAACUCAGCGAGGGCGUAGGACUCGCCCUCCCCCCUCUGCGCAGCGAUACGUUCCGCCCGGUGAAAGGAGGCGAACAACGCCCGAGCUAGGUGAAGAUCGACCCGAGCGCGGUGAGGGCUCGUACCGAGGCCGCGCUAGAAUUCCGCGAGUCAACAGGUCAAGUGAGCGCCGCGGCGAAGAGAGGCGCGUACCUCUGGAGAAUGGGCGUGCGCACCCGAGACCGCCACGUGACACUCGCGAAACCCCCCGUGACCAGAGGGAGAAUGUAAGUACCGAGAGUGGCAGACGGCGUGAGCCUCGUGAGGGCAGAGAGCGCGACGGAAAGGACGCACGAGAGGCACGACGCAAGACUGACGACGAGAGCUCCGUUCUUGACAGCCAGGACGUGUCCAGUGCGGAUAGGGAGUCCGUGUCGUCGGAGGGGACUCGCGAGCCCGACGAGAGACCUGCUCCCGCCAGCAGGAGACGACGUAAGCAAGGUGGCGGGUGGAAGAACGGUGUAAGCGGCGGCGGAGGCGAAGGAGGUCGCCCAGCUCCGGGUGCGGCAGCUACUCCAGCGCCCAAAGCCAAACGCGAACCUAAGCCCAAGGGCGAGCCGCUCGUUAACGGCACUGCGUAG